AGGCUUCGUAACCAUGCAACAAACCACACACAACCGACGCACACACAGCGCACAGCUGUCAACAUCAGCUGAGUCGCUACUGGCAGACUCCCAAAAGCGAGCGCACUCUAUCUUCUCUGGCCGCAAAACGACCAAACCCACUCUUCCGAACUCCUCAUUGCCAAUCCUUCCAGCAACGGCAUGCGAAAUAAUAUUGAAUAAUCUUAUCAGCUGUGUUUUUGCAGCACCUUACUACUCCUCAAAUAACCAGCAAACCAGCGUUUGUGUGCGUGUGUACCUAAAAACAGCCUCUAAUAAACACACACACAUACACAACCAUUCCCAACACUGUGUGUGUCCCCUGCACUGUUUGCACAUCGCCGAUUGCACGGCAGGCAUGGGAGGAAGCCGGUGAUUUAGUACGCCUCAAACAAAUCAGCAAUGCAGAACGACACGCUCGUCCGGAUCCCGGCGAACGCUUGGGAGCAGCUGCGCGAUCUCUACCGGCAGGACUGGCCACGGCACGAGAUUGCCUACAACAAUGUGCAGAACUACAUCCGGUGGAUCGAGCGCGAUCCGCAGAUCAGUGCAACGCUUCUUGUCUACAGCCUGAACGGCAACUGGCGACAGACAGGAACCUACAUAAUUAUAGAUCAUACGGAUGUGUUUAUGUACACGCUUGACAGUACGGGCGAUACGCUGAAGCGUAUGCUGCUGCUGCUCGACUGGCACCAUAGCUAUCUGAUGAACAUGUGCCUGUACCGUGCCACCGUGCUGGAGGUGUAUCGGUUGCAUCGGCUCGAGAUUGCGUUCGACAGUGCCGAUCUCAUCUAUCACAUGCCGCAGCAGGUGGCUCACCGGUUUCGAUACGAUCUGCCGGUGGGUCUAUCGCUCCAGCGCAUCCCGCCCCACUAUGCCGCCUUCAUCUACAACCAGUGGCUGAACAAAUCGGUCGGCACCGAGUACUUCAUCGAGCGGCUGCUCCGCUGGAACGUCUCGAUGGGCCUGUUCUGCGAGGGCGUCCGGGAACCGCUGGCCUGGUGCAUCCGGACACAGAACGGUGCGCUCGGGCUGCUGGGUGUGGUGGCCCAGCGCAAGGGGUACGGUUCGCUCGUCAUAAAGGCGAUCGCCCGCCGGCUAGCGGAGCAGGGGUACAGUACGUACGCGAGCGUACGGCGCACCAACGUGGCCUCGCGCAAGCUGUUCGAGAAGCUCGGGUUCCGGGCGGUCGGCGAGGCGAGCUGGCUGAAGAACAUGAAGGGUACGUUCGAUGGUUGCGAGCUGCGCAAGGCAAUAAAGGCAUGAGGCAUGCGGUUCGGAUUUAUUUUCCUAAAAA